CCCUUUUCCGAGUGAAUGGCUUGCACCGCUGGGUCCUGCCGCUGUGUCUCUAUCUCUGUUGAAAAUACAGUCAGCUGCGGCUACAUUCAAGAGCAUCACCGCUUCGUGUCGGACAGCAAGGACAAGGAGCCAGAGGUCCUGUUUGUGGGAGACUCGCUGGUCCAGUUGCUGCACCAGUUCGAGGUUUGGCGAGAGCUCUUUUCUCCUCUCCAUGCCCUCAAUUUCGGAAUUGGGGGAGACUGCACACAGCAUGUUCUGUGGAGGCUGCAGAACGGAGAGCUGGACCAUAUAAACCCAAAGAUUAUAGUGCUCUGGGUGGGGACCAAUAACCACGGAGACAGUGCUGAGCAGGUCGCGGAAGGAAUUGGAGCCAUCGUCAGACUGAUCCACAGCAAGCAGCCCACAGCUAAAGUCCUCAUACUGGGUCUCCUCCCCCGUGGAAGGAGCCCCAACGCUCUGCGGGUGAAGAAUGCUCGCGUGAACCAGCUGAUCCAGGAGGCCCUGCCCUCCCUGCCCGGGGCCUCCUUCCUGGACGUGGACCCCGGCUUUGUCCUCUCCGACGGGACCAUCUCCCACCACGACAUGUACGACUACCUGCACCUCACCCGGGCCGGCUAUGCCACUGUGUGCCAGCCCAUCCACACCCGGCUGCUCGCCAUGCUGGAGCAGCAGAAAAUAUAACCAAGCACCGAGCCAACCAAUCCAAACAUGUAACACCCAUCGAAACUGUUCCGCCUGAUCUCCGACCCUGCACCCACCCCAACCCCUCCGUUCCCUCCUAGGCCUGGCUUGGUAUUGCACUCUCCUCCUCUAAGCUCACUGGCAACGCUGGAGCACCCCCUGCAAAGCAAGCUCUUUGUGAAGUCCAAAUUUAAAAACAAAUCAGAACAAACCUCAAAGCUGAAGGGACCCCCUUGUUCUGCUUAACCCCUCUCCCGGCUCUGUCCUCUGUUCCCUCCAGUUUAGAAACAACAACAAGCCCGCUGACCACAGCAGGGGAGCAUCGCGAAGCAGCUUCUUGAGAGAGGGGAAAAAAAAACUAAACACUAAACACACAGCUCAGUCUCUCCAGUCCCAACACAGCUGUGACCGCAGGGCUCUUAUAUAAAUGAUCUGGUUUUACUUGGCUUGUAUCAUUUUACAGCCUUAUUUGUUGUCAUGAGUUCCGAGUGUUGUCUUAACUGUUUCGUUUUGGGUGUUGCUAUUUUGUAGAUGACCUGUCUGAGAUUUUGGGGUGAUGGGGGGGGCGGUACAAUAUGCAAUCUUGCUGCUGUAUAAACAUCUGAACGCA